AUGAGAGGGGAGGGCAAGGGACGGAGAGAUGUACAAGAUAAACAGAGAGUAGGGGGAGAGGGAGAUGUGACGGUGCAGUAACACGUGGACGAUAGAGAGGGAGGACGGUAGAGUCUUGGGUAACGAGAGAGAAGUCCAGUUGAACAUCUGUUCGUGCAUUACAGUGGUCACUUCUUUACUUGCUGGGCAAAGACUGACUGAGAGAUACAGAGAGAACCAGAAGAAAAACACUGCCACCACCCUGCAUCUAAGAGGAACGGGACAAGUGCCUUUUGGGGACCUUACCACUCCUAAGUCGUGACAUUGGGUAAGACCUUAUUGCUGAUGAUUACAUGUUUUAUACUUUCCAAGGAUGAUCCACAACUUUCAUAGUAAAUGUGAUUGUAAAAGGAACUCUAAGGAAUGAGAAUGUCUUUAAUUAUCAAUUGGACCAAGUGUUGAAUGGUCUGAUGUACUCCAGAAAUAGAGUUUGAAGGCCAAGGCAGAAUUUCUACACUGAUGUACCAAGUUAAGAAUGUUUGGGAGUUAAGUAAUCAGGUAGAACCACUGAUAUGUAAAUAUAUCACAGUGGGUAACCAUUAGUCAUGGUAAUUACAUACCAUGAAGGAAACAUUAAUGGUGUGCCAUGCCAUCAUUACAAGGACCAUGAGGGAACCAUGCUAUAUUUAGAGCAAAUGAACAAAUCUGCCUCAAAAUUGUAUGAUGAUUUUCACUCUAAAGUUUCCUCUCCGCCUUUCCUCCCUCAGAUCAACUGUGCUUACCAUGUCAGGCAUGCAUCUGUGUCUGUGCCUGGCUCUGCUGCUGCCAUGGUGCAGCCAGUGCCAGAGAACGGGCUCUGCCCCUGCCAAGCUGGGAGAAGAAGACACAGAAGGAGACCUGUUGGCUGUCAACAUCGUAAACCGCAGUGGCAUCCUGGGCCCUCUGCUCCCCCCAGAGUUCCAUCCAACACUCCGGCAGACCAGAGCCUCACGCCCAGCCUCCCAGGUCUCCAAGAGAGCCCAGCAAGGGUCCCGCUUUGCCCUGUCCCUGGACGUGCCCACCAGCAUCCUCAGUGUCCUCAUAGACCUGGCCAAGAACCAUGACAUGAGAGCCAAGGCUGCUGCCAAUGCAGAGCUGAUGGCACGCAUCGGCAAAAGGAAAUAAGGGCUGGGGUCACAUGGGCAAAGGCUAAGG